UUUUACCCAGUGUGCCCUAUUUCUUUUACCCAGCUCGGCCAAGGUUUGAGCUGUGAGAGGGGCAGAUGUGUCCGGGAGCCGUGCUGCCGUUCCCCGGUGCUGGCGAGCUGGUGUGAAAGUUGGUUCCUGCAGCUAAAUGAUGAAGGGUCUUCUCGUCUCUGCCUCUGGUGCUCAGCUCAUUUUCAGAGCUGUCCCUAUGUUCCCGGCCGCCGGCUCAGGGGCUGCCUUGCUUCUCAUCUCCAAGCCACCGAACACCACCGUCCCCGGCUGCUCCCUCUCCCUAUCUCUCUCGACAGAGGAUUGCCUCUCACCACGCCGCCAGCAAAUCCGGGAGAUGUCUUUUGUGAUCGGUAACUUCGUGGAUCGAAAUGAAUCAGCUCGCGCCUUGUAGCCCUUAAGAACUGCUAAUGUUGAAAUAAAAAAUGAUAAUGUGCCAGAUAUGUUAUUGGCACAAAUAAACAGAGAAGCCCAGAGUAUGGCAGAAUUCCAGGGAGUGGGUGAUGGUCAACAUGUCACACUGUGCCUGACAGAAACUGUAGCAGUAGCAGAUGGUGAUCGAUUGGAAAAUAUGGAUGGUGUGAGUCUACAAGCCAUUACCCUUGCAGAUGGCACAACAGCAUAUAUUCAGCACAAUCCUAAAGAUGGAAAGUUGAUUGAUGGACAGGUUAUUCAACUGGAGGAUGGUUCUACAGCAUAUGUACAACAUGUUUCAGUACCAAAACCAGGAGAUUGUUUACGUUUUGAGGAUGGGCAAGCAGUUCAACUAGAGGAUGGAUCAACUGCAUUUAUUCAUCAUUCACCAAAAGAUGGCUAUGAUCCAAGUGCAGUACAAGCAGUCCAACUGGAAGAUGGAACCACUGCCUAUAUCCACCAUACAAUACAAGUUCCACAAUCUGACACCAUCCUCACUGUUCAAGCAGAUAGUACCUUGGCAGGACUACACACAGGAGAAGCCACAGUAGAUCCUGAGACCAUCAGUGCGCUUGAGCAUUAUGCUUCAAAAGUAACUGCUGAAGGAAAUGAUAGUGUCAGCAGUACAGGACUGGUGAAUGAAAAUGAUCAUGAAAAGAAAAUGCAGAUUGUUCUUCAGGGUCAUGUGACUGGACGGGUGAGUGCCAAGGCUCAACAACUAGGAGAAAAGGCAUUUCGUUGUGAAUAUGAGGGCUGUGGAAGACUCUAUACUACUGCUCACCACCUUAAGGUACAUGAAAGGGCACAUACUGGUGAUCGACCAUACAGAUGUGAGCAUCCAGGUUGUGGGAAAGCUUUUGCUACAGGCUAUGGAUUAAAAAGCCAUACAAGAACCCAUACAGGAGAAAAGCCAUAUAGAUGCCCAGAAGAAAGCUGUGACAAAGCAUUUAAAACCUCAGGGGACCUACAGAAACAUAUCCGAACACACACAGGUGAAAGGCCAUUCAAAUGCCCUUUUGAAGGUUGUGGAAGAUCAUUCACUACAUCAAAUAUUCGCAAAGUGCAUAUUCGGACUCAUACAGGUGAAAGGCCUUAUUUCUGUCCAGAGGCAGGCUGUGGGCGAGCCUUUGCUAGUGCAACCAAUUACAAGAAUCACAUGAGAAUACACACAGGGGAGAAGCCUUAUGUAUGUACAGUACCUGGCUGUGACAAGCGAUUUACUGAGUACUCCAGUUUAUAUAAACACCAUGUGGUUCAUACUCAUUCCAAACCAUAUAACUGUAACCACUGUGGCAAAACUUAUAAACAGACCUCAACAUUGGCAAUGCAUAAGCGAACUGCACAUGGGGAUGGCGAGCCAACUGAAGAAGAAGAGACUUUCUUUGAACCUCAGGAUGUUUCUUCUGGGGAUGAAAUCCUGAAGGGCCAACCAAUAACUUAUGUAACAGGAGUUGAUGAAGACACUGCGUUAUCUGGACAGGUUACCACUGUUACCCAGGCAAAUGUCAGUCAACACAUGGCUCUUAUUGCUCAAGAUGGUACGCAACAACAGGUUAGCAUUUCUCAGACAGAUCUCCCAGGGAUUGGCAAUACUAUAACAAUGGUAACACAAGAUGGUACUACCAUCACAGUCCCCGCACAUGAUGCAGUUAUUUCAACACAGGAUACCCAUUCAGUUACAAUGGUAACAACAGAUUGUUCAGAUGGUCAACAGGUUGCUAUUGUAACUCCAGAUUGUGUGAUGAGAGGUGAGACAACUAUUGCUGCACUACAGGCUACAUCUGUUGAAGUGGAAAAGAUGGUUACCCAACAACACCAUGAGCAUCAUUUAGUAGCUGGAGGAGCAAGGCCUGUUACGCUACUUGCCACAGCAAAUGGCACUCAAAUUGCAGUGCAGCUUGGUGAGCAACAAUCAUUGGAAGAAGCAAUCAGAAUAGCAUCUAGAAUACAGCAUGGUGAAACCUCAGAGAUUGAUGAACAUCAAUAAAAGUUAAUUGGAAGUGUCAGGGUUGCAGUUCUGCCUAUUUCUAACAAUAGCUGUACUGUAAAAAGUAUGCAGAUUGUAUCACAUGCAGGCUAUAUGUGGCUUUUAAACUACAUAUUUAAAGUUGCAAUAUAUUGUGAAUUUCAUAAAUUUCAUGAAUUUCUUCAACCAUUUAAAAUGGUAGUUGAGGAUAACUUACUGACACAAAGGAUGUGAUUACAAACUGGUUCUGGGAAUCUCAGAAUUAAUUUAUCUCUAUUUUUCCCCUCUGAAAUGUAUACUAUUCUAAUUUAUUUUGUUUUUACUUAGAUGCUUUAGAUACACCACAAUGUUUUAAAAAAUCAAACCACAAAGGUAGAAAUGAAUGUGAGACUGAGCAAAAUGUUUGCUAUACUACUGAUUAAUAAAUGUGGACAUUAUUCCAAAGUUUACUAGAUACGUAAGUGAAUUUUCCUCAUCAUUUUCAGAAACGUUUGUAUAAACAUAUCUUAAUGGUAUAUUGCAGCUUUAGAAUAUAAAUCAUAACCGCCUGCAGACUCUGCACAGUCUUGACUAGACAAAUCAGGUUCUUGAUAUUAAGGUACCUUAAACUGUAGGCCUGAAAAUGUGGGGUGCCUGAGCAUGCUUUGAAAACUUAGAUCUGCAUGAACUUCCACAAGUGGGAAUAUUAUAUUCUAGUACAAGCAUUAAGGAAUCUAACAUGUUUGGGACUACAGUUUUACACUUAUGACAAUUGAUUUCUUACUAUAAAAAGAUAUUUGAUCUUUUGCCUGUGACCAAUUACCUGUAAAUACAUACUAAUGCCUCAGAUGUAACCUACAUUUUACUUUUUACAUAUGAUCAUGUAAAAGUUUAAAAGACAGAUUUUGGUUGUGCAAUAUUAAAGACAUACAAUCUAAAUUCAAGUUGCAUUAUUCUCCUUUUGUCAGGUGUUAUUCUGAAAGCAUUUUAAAUUCUUAAAGCACAAAGGGGGAAAAAAGCACAAUAAAUGUUUGAAUGACCUGCUGAAUAUAUAGUGAUGAAUCCUGUGCAUAGGGUUUCAAACUUGCUAAAACUUGAGCAAUAAUUCCCAUCUAUAGAAAAUCUAGCUGAUAUACUAAAAGAUGAAAGUCAGUUUAGUUAGAAGUUUCAAACAAGAUCUUGUUUUAUAUUUUAAAGGUAAAAUUAGGGGGAGUGGAAUUAAAAUGUCUUGAAAUAGCUUAAUUUAUCAGUAAUAUUGUUAGGGACUAUUUUU